CUCUAGGGUUUUGGGACUGGCUUGCUUGAAGAAUGCUUCACGAGCUCCUGCUAGCGCUGGUCGGAUGCACUGGCGAUGUGUUCAUCGAUGCUGACGAGGAGGAUCGGCGCCUUGGAUUCAAGGACGGUAGCAGGCACUACGCACAGGAUGAUCCUGACGGGGCGAGCAGCGAUGAAUGUACGUUCCGGAUUGCGCCGGAUCUUCAGUUCUUGCGGCCGUCUGAGAGGGAAAUUCUCGAGCGGCUGCUACGGCUGGGGUUUUACUACCGGGAGCUGGAUCGCUUCGCGUUGAAGUCGCGAAAUCUUAGCUGGAUUGGAGCUCUCCAGGAUUCCAAGGCUGUCGUCCAGCAGCACAGCGUCUACCAGAGAGCAGUGGCGAAUGGAGUGACCGAGGUUCUUGCCAAGUAUCGAUCGGCAGUUCUUACGCUGGAGAAAAAUAUUCUGGCUGAUCCAUUGCCGGUUUUGGCCAUCGUCACGCAGUGCCUCAAGCAAUUUGAUUUGUUGUUGCCUCCACUACAUGCUUUGGUCCGAGAGGUGGAAUCAAAGAAGCUACGGGGUGGAAAGCUCUUAAAUUUUUUGCAUGAAAGGUCUCACUGCGGCAUCCCAGAACUCCAGACCUGGAUCCAAAGAUUACUAUGGCAAGCACACCAGGUUAUGUAUCGCCAGCUUUCGGGGUGGAUGGUAUAUGGCCUUCUACAGGAUCAAAAUCAAGAGUUUUUUAUAAGCAGGACUCAAGACGAGCAGGCGAAAGCGGACAUAGAUGCGUCCGAGCCACCAGCAAAUAAAUCCAAGUCUGGGCGUGGCACUGAAGAUGCCAAUAUGAUCGACUGGCACACCGGAUAUUGUGUUCGACUGGACAUGCUACCAGAUUACAUCCAAUUACCGGUAGCGGAGUCUAUUUUAUUUGUCGGCAAAGCAGUGAGAGUUCUUCGUAAUCCAAGUGCUUCGUCGUCUUUGACGAAACAGUACUCAUUCAGUGGAGCGUACGAAGGACCUGAACUUCUACCUAAAGAAGAAGCUGAAAAGAUUGGCUCACUGCUUCGCGAACUUCAGGAAAGACCACUAUUCCACAAACUUUCUUUUGAACGUUCUAUUGAUUCUAUACGCACUAUCGCGGCCACACAUCUUUGGAAGCUUGUGGUAGUUCACGCGGAUUUGGUUGGCCAUUUGAAAGCCUUCAAAGACUAUUUUCUUCUUGCUAAGGGAGAUUUUUUCCAGUGUUUUCUGGAAGAGAGCCGAUCUUUGAUGAAGCUUCCUCCUAGGCCAUCGACGGCAGAGGCAGAUCUCAAAGCACCUUUUCAGCAGGCUGCAGUAAAGACAAUAGGCGACGAGGACAAGUACUUCUCGCGAGUUACCUUAAGGAUGCCACUGUUAGCAAACUCUGGACUCCCUCCUUCACAGAUGGAGGUGAAGCAAAGGUCCAGCAUCGAUGCACUGUCGGACAUUGCGGUUGGACCUUCUUAUGAUGGGUGGGAUGGCAUUGCGCUGGAAUAUAGCAUCGACUGGCCGCUGCAGCUUCUGUUCAAUCGAGAAGUUUUGGCCAAAUACAGCAAGGUGUUCCAGUAUCUACUUCGUUUGAAGCGGAUUCAGCUUGAGCUCGAGAAAUCUUGGGCAAAAGCCAUGCAGCGUGAUCGAAGGGAAUCCCGAGGCCGUCAGAAAAACCACAAGAAGGAUGAUCCCAAAGUUUCGGGUAUGCCUACUUGGAGGCUUCGACAACAUAUGGCCUAUUUGAUAACAAAUCUACAGUUCUACAUACAGGUGGAUGUCAUCGAGUCUCAAUGGAAUUUGCUGCAAGAGCGCGUUCAGGCAUCAAAAGAUUUUACAGAAUUGGCUCGAUUUCAUCAAGAGUACUUGUCAGCUUUAAUAUCUCAGUCUUUUCUAGAUAUUGGUUCAGUGUCUAGGAUACUGGAUAGCAUCAUCAAACUAUGCCUGCAGUUGUGCCGCAUCAUGGAACAUCAAGAUGCCACUUCGAGUUCUACAGCUGCUGAGCUGGAUCAAAUAACGGAGGAGUUCAACAAGAAGUCGAACUCGCUUUACACAAUUUUGCGAAGUAGUAAACUAGCAGGAAGCCAGCGAGCACCAUUCUUGAGGCAGUUUCUUCUACGUUUAAACUACAACUCUUUCUUUGAGUCGACUGCAAGAGGUGCUCUAAAUGUAAUUCGCCCUCGUCUUCCUUCUGCUUCUACCACUCUUCAUUGAGGCACUUUUAAAUUGGAUUACAAGUGAUUGUGGCGCCUGAAGAGCAGGCAACCAAACUUGAUAAAGGAACUAAUCUCGUUGAGGUCU